UGCUGAAAAGACCCACAGCCCCUGAUCAGAAUCUAACAAUUUUAUUGUUUAUGUGUCAUGUCAUGAGUAUGGCUUGCGAGACUAUAAACAUUACCAUUUUAGCUCUAACUCUCAGGUGUAAUGAGUAAGCGUGAGUGAGUUUGUUGAUUUGCUGACUGGUAGAUCUCUAUCAGUAAUCACUGUGACACUAAAUAAAGAGAUGAUAUGUUUCUCUCGACGUUUCUGUAGCCGGCAGAGCCAGCCCAUAGCCCUGACAGGAGGUGUAAGAUGGAAGGCUACUACUUCAACAGCAAAUGCUUCAAGUUCGACACAAGAUGAUGGGACUGUGAAGCCAUUCUCAGCUGUGCCUAGCCCUUCAGGUUCAUUGCCAAUUAUUAAACAUCAGAGGCUACUAAAAGGAGUCACAUCUAUGAGUGAAUUUACUGUAGAACGCUUUAAAGAACUGGGACCUAUUUUUAAACUUGAAUUUAUAGGUCAAUCAGUUGUAUAUGUUGCUGAUCCCUCUGCAAUGGAAAAAGUAUACCGGAAUGAAGGAAAAUACCCAACCAGAUCUAUUGUUGAGGAAAACAUUGAUUGGAUUAUGAAAAAAAGAAAUGAUCGGUGCUUUUUUGUUUUUCAGUCAGGUCAAGAAUGGCGUGAUACUCGUUCGAAGCUAGGAAAGCAGUUGAUGCCUGCCAAUGUUUAUGGGUAUUGUCCUGGUUUUAAUAAAGUCUCAAGAAGAUUUAUAAGAAAUGUUUAUGAUGUUCAGAAUGAUGAUGGUUUUGUGGAAGAUGUGAGAGACUUGAUCAGAUACUGGUCACUAGAAGUUGCUGCUUAUUUUGUUUUUGGAGCCAGCCUUGACUGUAGAAAUGAUAAAGAAGGUUUUGCAAAGGAACUUCAAGAUUCAAUUGGAGGCCUGCUUGAUUGUAUUUUUGAUCUACAGACAGCUUUGCCUCUCUUUAAAGUUUUUCCCACUUCCACUUAUAAGGAUUUUAAUAAGCACCUGGACAAGGCAAUUGAGAUUGGACAAAUCUAUGCUGACAAGUACGUAUCUGAUAUAAAAGCAAGUGCAGCAGUCAAUGAGAAAGUGCAUGGGAUGAGUCUACUAGAGCAAUGGCUGAUAGAAGGAAAACUAAGCACGAAAGAGGCCAUCUCCCAGUCUAUCAAUAUGCUGGGGGCAGGAAUGGACACUACUGCAGUCACUACUGCCUUUGUUCUGUACACAUUAUCCAAGCAUCCUGAAGUACAGGAGAAAGCAUAUAAGCAGAUAACAUCAGUAUUAGGUGAUGAUGAAGAACCUGAUGGAGAUUCUUUACAGAAAAUGCCUUACCUGGGACAUCACAUUAAAGAAACACAAAGGCUUUACCCUGUGAUUGCUUUCAUGCCAAGAAUGCUUGACACUGAUAUUGAUAUAUUAGGCUAUCAUAUUCCUGCUAAAACAGCAAUAUUGGGAGGAAUGGAGGCUAUGAGUCAAAAUCCUACACUUUAUAAGGAUCCAUUGAAGUUCAAUCCUGAUCGCUGGUCAACUGAUGACAUACACCCAUUCACUAUGCUACCAUUUGGAUUUGGACCUAGAGCCUGCUGGGGACGAAGAUUUGCUGAAAUUGAAAUGAAAGUUCUUCUGUAUCAACUCAUUCGUCACUUUAAAAUGGAGUCCGACUUUCCUAAGGACAGAUUGUCAUCAAGUGGUUUGGUAUUGACAAGACCCAGUGUCCCCAUCAGAAUCAAGUUUACGCCUCGCAAUCAAUACCAUCACUUGAUGAUACUCUCAGCCAGUGACAUAAAACUGAAUAGGUGGCAUUGUCUACAAAAGAGCAACAAGAUGAUUCGUUUCUGUUGUUGGCAGAGACGGUUACCUCUGACAAGUUGCAUAAGAUGGAAGGCUACUAGUACUAGCUCAAGAGUAGAAGACAAGGCUGUGAAGCCAUUUUCCGCUAUACCCAGCCCUCCUGGCUCUUUACCUUUCGUCGGACAUUCAAGAUUAUUGAAAGACGUCACUUCUUUUACUAAAUUUGCUGCAAAGCAUUCCAGAGAGUUGGGACCUAUAUUCAAACUUAAUAUGAUGGGUCAAUCAGUGGUUUUUAUUGCUGAUCCACAUGCAGUGGAGAAAGUUUAUCGACAUGAAGGAAAGUAUCCAGUCAGAUCACUUAGAGAUGAAAAUAUGAAUUCGAUCGUAAAAAAAGAAGUGGAUGUAAUCUCAUUUGCUUUCCAAACUGGUGAAGGAUGGCGUGUUAGUCGCUCUAAAUUUGGAAAGCACCUGUUGCCUGCCAAUGUUUAUGGCUAUUGUCCUGGUUUUAAUAAGGUGUCCAAAAGAUUUAUAAGAAAUGUAUAUGAAAUGCAAAAUAACGAUGGUAUUGUUGAUGAUAUAAGAGACCUGAUCUUAUACUGGUCACUAGAAGUUUCAUCUUAUUUUGUGUUUGGAGCUGAUCUUGACAGUAGAAAUGAUGAAAAUGGUGAAGCAAAAGAGUUGAAAGAUGCAUUUGGGGGCUUCAUUGACUCUAUUUUUGAUCUGCAGUUCUCACUUCCACUAUAUAAAGUGUUUCCUACUGCAGCUUAUAAGAAAUUUGUUAAAAGUUUACGAGAAGUUCAUAAAAUUGGUCGAAAGUAUGCAGAUAGAUACAUAUCUGAUAUAAAAGCAAGGGCUGCAGUGAAUGAGAAAAUUUAUGGGAUGAGUCUACUGGAGCAAUGGCUAAUUGAAGGGAAAAUGAGUCCAGAUGAAGCUGUUGUUAAUGCUGUUGAAUUUUUUGCAGCAGGAAUAGACACUACUGCCCACACUACAGCUUUUACAUUAUAUGAGCUAGCCAAACAUCCUGAAGUUCAAGAGAAAGCAUACAAGCAUUUAAUAGAUAAUAAAGAAGAAGCAGAUGAAGUGGAUGGCAAUUCACUUCAAAAAUUAACAUAUUUGGGCCAUAUUUUAAAAGAAACACAAAGGUUUUACUCAGUGAGUAAUUUCACAUCUAGAAUAUUACUUGAUAAAGACAUUGAAUUGCUUGGGUACCAUAUUCCAGCUAAGACACAAUUAUUGGGUGUAAUGGAAGCUAUGGGUCAAGAUCCUAAGCUUUUCAAAGAUCCACAGAAGUUUAAUCCUGAUCGCUGGACAACUGAUGAUAUUCAUCCUUUUAUUGUUCUGCCAUUUGGAUUUGGGCCCAAAAGCUGUUGGGGAAGGAGGUUUGCUGAAGUGGAUAUAAGAGUUCUCAUCUCACAACUUGUUCAACAAUUUAAAAUGGAAUCUAAAUAUCCUGGGGACAGAUUGCCAUAUGAUGGCAUGACCUUAUCGAGGCCAAGUGUUCCUAUUAAAAUUAAGUUUAUUCCUCGCAAUUAACACUUUGCAGAUUGUGUACAUGUAAUUACACUAAUGUAUUUUUUAUGAUUUUAUGUAUAGCAAAUGUUAGAAUUUA